AUGCACAAAGACGGUCCUCCUGAUUAUCGUAUUCCUGGGCUUUUGAUUAUCGAUACCCCUGGUCACGAAUCUUUUACCAAUCUGCGUACCCGUGGUUCUUCCUUGUGCAACAUUGCCGUGUUGGUUGUGGAUAUUGUCCACGGAUUAGAGCCUCAGACACUUGAAUCCCUUGGCAUGCUUCGACAGCGUAAAACGCCUUUUAUUGUUGCAUUGAAUAAGAUUGAUCGAUUGUUUGACUGGAAAACGUAUCCUGAUUAUCCGACUCGGGAUACUCUUAAACUGCAAGCACCUCACGUCAUCAAUGAGUUUAACGACCGUGUAAAAAAAGUUCAGAUUGAGUUUGCUGAGCAGGGACUUAAUGCUUGUUUGUACUGGGAAAACAAAAACAUGAGCAAGUAUGUUUCUCUUGUUCCCACCUCUGCAAUUACGGGUGAAGGUAUACCCGAUCUACUUCAUUUGCUCGUGGACCUUACUCAAACUCGUAUGACUGAGCGUCUCAUGUACCUUUCUGAACUUGAAUGCACGGUUCUUGAAGUCAAAGUCAUUGAAGGACUAGGAACCACAAUUGAUGUAGUGCUUUCCAAUGGUGUUUUAAACGAAGGCGAUCGUAUUUGUGUAUGUGGUCUUAACGGACCCAUUGUAACUACAGUUCGUGCGUUGCUGACUCCUCAACCUAUGCGAGAACUUCGUGUAAAAUCUGCCUACGUACACAACAAAUCAGUCAAGGCUUCUUUGGGAAUUAAAAUCAGUGCAGCAGAUUUAGACAAGGCGAUUGCUGGAUCAAGGCUGUUGGUUAUUGGAGAGGAUGAUGAUGAGGACGAAAUCCGUGACGAUGUGAUGGGUGAUCUGACCAACCUCAUGUCAUCCAUUGACAAGUCUGGAAAAGGUGUAUGUGUGCAAGCAUCUACUCUUGGCUCACUUGAAGCGCUCUUGUCGUUUUUAAAAUCAUCCAACAUUCCCGUCUCUGGUAUCAACAUCGGUCCUGUGCAUAAAAAGGAUAUUAUUCGCACAUCUGUCAUGCUCGAACGCGCACCUGAAUAUGCCCAGCUUUUAGCAUUUGAUGUGCCUAUUGAUAAAGACGCGGCUGAAUUGGCAACUGAGAUGGGUGUGCGUAUCUUUUCUGCAGAUAUCAUCUAUCAUCUGUUUGAUUCGUUCACUGCAUACAUGAAACAAAUCGAAGAGCAGAAACGAAAGGAUGCUGCACCCAUGGCAGUAUUCCCGUGUGUGUUGAAAAUGAUCAACGGUGCUGUCUUUAAUAAGCGAAGUCCAAUUCUCAUUGGUGUUGAUGUGAUUGAAGGAACACUCAAAGUUGGCACACCGUUAUGUGUCGUCAACAAGGAGGCAGUCAUUGGAUUAGGCAAGGUUACUGGCAUUGAGCUCAACCAUAAAUCAAAAAUGGAAAUCAAAAAAGGCGAUCCAGCGGUUGCUGUUCGUAUUGAAGGUGCUGCGUAUGAAACUCCCAAAGCCUAUGGUCGUCAUUUCACCGAAGCCAAUGAGAUUUAUGCUCAGGUGACACGAGCAUCGAUCGAUGUACUCAAGACAACAUUUAGAAAGGAUAUGAGUCGUGACGACUGGGCAUUGAUUAUUAAACUCAAAAAGAACCUUCGUAUUGAAUAA